CAACACUCUGGGUGGGUACUUUGCCUGGGAGCAGAGGCAUUUGAGUCAGGGUACGCAUGCUUCAGCUGUGAGAGGCUCAACUCCCCUUGGCUGGCUGGCAUCCCAGAGCAGAGGCAGACAGAGACAGAGGAGACCGCUGUUAUGGCAGAUAGAGGUAUGAAAACAGAUCAAGCUGUCCACGCACAAGUGCCCUACGAUGACGAAGAGGUGGCUCUGGUAGGCGAAUCCGGCUUAGACGAUGUUUCCGAAGACGCAGACCUGGUGCUGGCCGCGGGCUCCGGAGGCACCAGUGAAGCUCAGAGGAACGGCGUCAUGGUUCUGGCUCUGCUGGACAAAAUAAUUGGGGUGGUGGACAACAUCCAGCAGACUCAGAACGGACUGGAGGCGCGACAGGAGGCCAUGGAGAAGUCUGUGUCCACGAUCCAAGGGGAGCUGACCAAGCUGUCCAAGAACCACGUCGACACAGCCAACACGGUCAACAAAAUGCUGGACAAGGUGCGCAAGGUCAGCGUCAACAUCAAGACGGUGCGCAGCAACCUGGAGAAGCAGGCGGGCCAGAUCAAGAAGCUGGAGAACAACGAGAACGAGCUGCUGAAGAGGCGCCACUUCAAAGUCCUGAUCUACCAGGACCAAGUUAAGACGUCAAAGCAGAAGACGGUUCAGACGGCUGAGGGAGAAGUGGUGGAAAACCUGGAGCAGAUCCCUGAGGAGGACCAAGAGGGGGUUAAAGCCAGCGUCAAUUCAGAUGAAGAGGUGGAGAUCGAGGAGAUCGUUGAAGAGUCCCGCACGAAGCGCCUCCAGCGCACCACCAAGCAGCAGGUGGAGAACAUAAAGAAAGCCUUCUCGAAAGAGAAGAUGGAGAAAACCAAGCAAAAGACGAAAGAAAACCUGGAGAGGACCAAGAAGAGAACCCGCGAGAACCUGGAGAAGACGAGGCAGAGAACCCGCGACAACCUGGAGAAGACGAAGCACAGCCUUGAGAUGAAGAUCGAUAAGCUCGGGACCCGCAUGACCCCCAACCAGGAGCGCAGAGCGAAGAUGAAAACCUACAAGGAGAAGGUGAAGAAGUCCCUGACCCCUGAUCACACAGUCAACGCUCGCUCCAAAACAACAGUGUACCGAGUCCCCCCUUUCACCUUCCACGUGAAGAAGGUCCGAGAAGGGGAGGAGGAAGAGGUGGCGCCCAAUACAGAGAUGGUGGAAGUGACGGAAGGAGAAGCUCAGCUGGGUGAAGAGGAGAACGGCCGUGUGGAGAUAGAGGAAGGGAAAUUAGUGGAUAUAGACAACCCCGAGACUCUUUUGGAGGUGACUGAGGACUCUCAGCUGGUCAGUGUGGAGCCGGAACAUCUAAAGAAAGCCCAAAGCAAAUAGAGGCUUCGCUUCAACGAGAACGUGAAGAGAAUUGAGGAAGUUGAGAAACCAGAAAAAAGAUGUGAUUGUAGUUCGACAUCUUCUCUACUGGUAAUUUUCCAAAGAAGGAAGACUUUUAUGGUGAACUGCAAAGACGAAUCUAGCUUUUGGAGAAGGGUUGAGUCAUUUCUGUCCACAUUUUUUGGGGACAGAAGAAAAAUGUAUAAAGAAUUGUAGUUUUUAUGGAUCUGCUUAAACACAAAAUUAGCUUUUCAACUCGAUCAAUGUCAUUUCAGUAGAUUUUGAAGGAGAAAAGCGGCUCAACGAGCCG